AGCUAGUAAUGCUAUACCACAUAUAGUCCUGCCAAUGACAAGGCAUCUUGGUUUUUGGCAUAUACUUGCAUUAGACGAGUACUAAACCUGUGUUAACCUACCGUGCAGCGACUUCCUACCUGUCUACACUAUAUGGUACUACAAGAUGGUCAUCAGAGAGAGCAUGUUUGGAAAGAUGUCCAUAGGAUCACGGUGCUGGCAGGACCUAUCCUUGUGCAGUACGUUGUUUCGCAAGCCAGCCAAAUGGUCGAAAUGGGGUUCGUGGGUCACCUGCCAGACCCCCUCCUCCUUAGCGCCAUGACCCUAGGCGCCUCCCUAGCCAUGGCCACCGGCUAUCACCUCAUGUACGGGCUCGCAUCGGCCAGCGAAACACUGUCCGGACAGGCCCAUGGCGCCCGCAACCCCUGCGCCCUGGCAGCCACCCUGCACCGCUCCCUGGCGGUGUGCGCCGCGGCGGCGGUGCCGGUGACGGCGCUGUGGUGGAACGCGGGGCCGCUGCUGCGGGCGCUUGGACAGCAGCCGGAGGUUGCAGCGAUGGCAGCUAGGUACCUCCGGUUGACGCUCCCCGCCCUGUACGGCCACACUGUGUUUAGCUGCAUUGACAAACACCUGCUGGCCCAGGGGGUGGUCGCUCCCGGGGUGGCCAUCACCGCCACCGCCACCGCCCUCUCGCCCCUGUACUGCUGGUUCUUCAUCGUGCGCCUGGGACUCCAGCUCGAUGGCGCCGCCUACGCCUACAACGCCACCCAGCUCACCUGCACCUCGCUCUCCCUCGCCUACCUCGCAUGGCGGACCUGGGCCUCCGCAGGCAGCCCGGACGCCGUACCUUUGCUCGCUCCCUCGACAGCGGCGGCAGCGGCACUGAGCGGGUGGGGGCCCUAUCUGGCGCUGGCUGUGCCCGACACGCUGAUGGCUUGCAUGGAGGGCUGGGCGACGGAGGUGCUGGUGUUCCUGUCCGGCCACCUGCCGCACCCCGAGAUUGCCGUGGGGGUCACCGGGCUGUGUCUGCAGCUGUCUACACUGGUGUGGAUCUGCGCUGCAGCUGUAGGCGCUGCCACCACAACUCGAGUCUCCAACACGCUUGGUCAGGGUGACGCCACAUGCGCCAAGCGACUGUCACACACAGCUCUGGGGCUGGUGUUGGUGACUCAGACGGUGCUGGGGCUGCUGGCGUACGGCAACCGCUGGGGCCUGAUGGGCCUCAUGAGCUCUCAGUCGGAGGUGCUAGCGUUGGCGGGAGAGGUGAUGCCGGUGCUGGCGCUAUGCUUUGUAUUUGACGGCCAGAAUGUGGUGCUUUCGGGCAUCCUACGUGGCGCGGGG